CACAACACAACACAACUUCAAUUCAAAGCUUCAAGCUAUAAGCCUAACAAAGCUUAAAGAAAAAAAGAUAAGAAAACCAAAAAAAUUACUAACUCUUGAAAAAUGAAAAUGGGUAGUCCUAGCAUGGGAGGCUCAAAGAGAAGGCUUUCAAGCAGAGGGCUUGGAGGAGCCCUUAGGGAGCAAAGGGCAAGGCUUUACAUAAUUAAAAGGUGUUUGGUCAUGCUCCUCUACUGGCAUGACUAG